UUGCCUGCAGCCACCCUAGUGUGAACCAAGCCCAAUGGAGGUCGCUCGUGGCUGAGUGGGAUAAAAAGCCUAAUCAGGAACGUGCUUUGACAUAUGCCAACAAUAGGAAGGAGCUAAGGUCGAGUCACACUAAUGGAACAAAGACUUUUGCACAGAUGCGAUAUGAAUAUGAACAAGUGAAUGGUUAUGCUCCUGAUCGCAUAACAUUUUUCACAAUGACACAUACUCGUGAAGACGGAACAGUUGUAGAUGCCGAGUCAGCAGAUAUAAUAGCCAAGUUCAAAAAUGGAUUAAAGGAGUAUGAAGAUAGGCAGGAGAUACUGACAGAUGAGAUCCGGCACAAAGUGUACAGUGAUGUACUUGGUCCAGAGAAAAGGAAUCGCGUUAGAGGUUAUGGUUUAGGUGUCCAAUUCACUGAUGUUCCAGGAGUUGUCACUGAGGCAAGAGGUAUGUGUAGGGAAGUGCAUACUCUCAGAGCUGCGUGGGAGCAACAAAAGCAAGCAACAGAAGAAGCUCAUGUUGAAAUAGAGAGUUUAAGGUUGGCUAAUAUCAACUUGGCUGAAGAGUUGAGACACGAGCAAGCCGUAACAAUGGAGGCACACAAGAAAAAGAUGGAAGAUUCAUUUGCAAAAAUGAAGGAAAACAUGAUGAAUGAGGUAAACAAGUUGUUUCAUAACUCAUCAAGUACUGAUGGUGAAAGAGGUGUAAUGGAGAAUCAAAUGGCAUCAAAGGACAGAAUAGAUGAAGAGGAUUGUGUAAUGGCUGAUCAGGAGAAUGUUGAGGUCUAUUCACCAAUUAUGCCAUUUGAUCUGAACAGUCUGUGA